AUCUAACUUAUUGCACUAGUUUAGGAAAUAAAUUUUCCUCGGAGAGGACGUUUUGGUUUGGAAUGGACUCCGAAACUAGUUCAGAAUUCUUCAAAAAAGAACGAACCUAGUGCAUUGAAUGUGUGUAUGUACAUACAUACGUAUGGAUGUCAUUUUUACGUAUCUAAACACGCUAAGCUUCGAACUGCUUGUAAACCUAAAGAUAUUCGCGUAUUGACACAUUAAAAAGUGUUACUGUACUCUCAAGAGGAAACAUUUAUAAAAGAAAAGAUAGAAACCUCGGUGUGUAAGAGAGGCAAAUUACAAAAUAGUAAAACAGUUCGUUUUCUUAAGGAUUUAGGUUAGGAAUUUAUAACACAGUUUUAUUUCACGUUAACACAAAAAAAUGGCAGAGAAUUUUGGAAGGGAAACCCCACCGAUUUAUAACGAGGAGACCAAGACUGCGGGACAACCGUUGUCAGAUUUCUUGAUGCAAUUAGAGGAUUAUACACCGACGGUACCAGAUGCCAUCACUGAACAUUACUUACACACGGCUGGUUUCAAUGCUAUAGAUCCUAGGAUAGUACGCCUGGUGUCACUAGCAGCACAAAAGUUUAUCUCAGAAAUUGCCAACGAUGCAUUGCAGCAUUGUAAAACACGUGGUGCCAAUCAGAAUACAAAAACGAAGGGAAAAGACCGACGUUAUACUCUGACUAUGGAAGAUCUGACACCAGCAGUCGCGGAAUAUGGCAUAAUAGUGAAGAAACCACAUUAUUUCGUUUGAUUGAAAAGCUAUGCAAUAUGUUUACUUUACAUCACAUCAAUAUGAUUAAUAAUAGGUAACAGCAUCUUUGUGCAAAAAUUUUUCAUUAGGAAUCAAUA